CGAAUGCACUCGUCUGCGUCUCUGGAGUUAGGGGGGUCGCGGUUCAGCAUCCUCAGCAUCCUUAUAAAAAAUAAAUUUUUUUAUUGAUUUAAGUGAUUGACUGAGACAUAUCUGUAUCAAACAUGGCAGCCCACAAAUUAGUACUGAUUCGUCACGGUGAGAGCAACUGGAACCAGGAGAAUCGCUUCUGUGGGUGGUUCGAUGCAGAUCUAAGCGAAACCGGGGAAAAGGAGGCGAAAAGAGGAGGACAGGCCCUGAAAGAUGCUGGCUUUGAGUUUGACAUUUGCUACACCUCUGUGCUGAAGCGGGCCAUCAGGACACUGUGGCUGGCCUUGGACGGCAUUGACCAGAUGUGGGUGCCUGUUCAUCGGACGUGGCGGCUGAACGAGCGUCACUACGGAGGCCUGACGGGGCUAAAUAAGGCAGAGACCGCUGCCAAGCACGGAGAGGCUCAGGUGAAGAUCUGGAGGCGCUCAUUUGACAUCCCACCUCCUCCCAUGGGUCCAGACCACGACUACUACACUAUCAUCAGCAAGGAUCGUCGCUAUGCAGAUCUGACUGAGGACCAGCUUCCUUCCUGUGAGAGCCUUAAGGACACCAUUGCUCGGGCGCUGCCUUUCUGGAAUGAGGAGAUCGCCCCUCAGAUCAAACAAGGAAAGAGGGUGCUCAUCGCUGCCCAUGGAAACAGUCUGAGGGGGAUUGUCAAGCACUUGGAAGGAAUGUCAGAUGAAGACAUCAUGGAGCUGAACCUGCCAACAGGCAUCCCCAUCCUUUAUGAGCUCGACAAGAACCUGAAGCCACUGAAGCCGAUGCAGUUCCUUGGAGACGAGGAGACUGUACGCAAAGCCAUGGAGGCCGUCGCUGCUCAGGGAAAGGCCAAGAAGUAAAAACACCACAAAAGCUCCCUUUGUGCAAUAUGGAACAGGUUGUCCCUAACAGCUGGCCUCAGAUUAGUGUUUCCUCUAAAUCCUGAUUUAUUUUGGGUUGUAAAAUGUGAUGAAUCUACUGUAGGUUGUUGUCCACUUGCACAGUGUGUGCGAGCAGAAGACAACAAAUGACUGAUAUAUAUUAGAGCCAUAGGGGCCAUGACUCUCAAGAGAUUGCAAAUAAUUGUUGACUAAAUAUUACAAUAUAAUUAAUAUAAGAUAAAAGCAUUGGAAGGAAAUUAACAUUACUGCUAAUAAAGGCAGUACCUGGAGUAUGUAAGUAAUAUCCUUUUUCACUAAUGACAGAAUUCUAACACUUUUGUUGUUGUUAAAUGAAACAAGUCUUUCGCUGUGACAUCAUUCACCAAACGGUUGGCUGCUUGUAAAUGGAAAGCAAUUCAUGCUACAUGGAAUUCCAAGUUAAGUAACACUAUUUACAUGAAGAGAUGAGGUCUCUGUUAGCCUCGUUUGCUAUACUACUGCUGCCUACUUUAUGUCUAUGUGAGAUACUGACGGUGGUAAAGAAGUUAAACCUGCUUAGAUGGCAUUAUUAUUUCAUUGAGUGACACUUGAUACUGGGAUAUUGUAGGCUAUUAGAAAUUAAUUUAAAUAGAUUUACCUUUUUUUUUUUACAUAAAUAGUACCACCAAAGCAUACAUAAGUUAUUUUUUUUUGGUCAUUGAUAAACCAUUGUUUAUAUGCAUUUCACUAAUAACUAAUAACAUUUUACAAUCUCUUGAGAGCACGAUGGGGUGAUUAGCAAUAUCCAGUCCUAACAGUCCAUUUCUCAUACUUUGCAAUUUGUGCUGUCUCCUUCAAUGUCGUUGCUGUCUGUGUUGUUUCUUCACAUUUUGAAUGGUGCUAUGCUAUGUGUUUUGCACCGAUCAAUCCACUGUUUAGACGGUGAUAUUGUGAAAUUUUAAUUACAGGAAUAAAGACAAAAGCUCUAAAUUUAAUCAAUAUUCUUGUGGUUGUGUUUGACCAUCUUUGGCCUGUCAUUGCCUCUUGGUGUCUGUAGUAUUCAUGUGCCUCUUUCUCCUCCUAUUCCAUCAGCAGACCUUGCAGCUGGUUUUAGGCCAGCUAAAAAUGUGUGGAUGGUUUAUCCCAUUAUGUCUUACACUGCUAACAUAUUUAUCUGGGUAACUGUACCAUGAAAGCUCUGAUUUAAUAAAUGUUAAAUUAUUGGCAAAUCUUCA